AUGGAACAAGUCAGAAAGCCAUUUAUUGUUAACGUAUUUCUAAAUCAACGGAUCUAUGGACCCGGCGAUACUGUAGAUGGAGAAAUUGAGCUCGAUUUACGCAAACGAAUGUUAUGCGAUUUGAUUACUGCACAGAUCUAUGGGAGUGCUAAAGUGUUCUUCAUUGGUAGUCCGGAUACCUAUGACAGCCAAUAUCCGACAGCAAAUCAGCAAAAAAAAGUUCUUGUCGACGACACAAGAAUUGUUUGGCAAAGUGACAUUCGACACGAAAGACUUCAGAAACCAACUCUCGAAGAAAUUGUAAAAAAGGCAACAUCUUUGUCAAUACGUCCAAAAAAACUUGAACGAAAUGAAAAUGAGCCAGGUUUCAAUGCUGGUCGACACACUCUGGGGUUUAGUUUUAAUCUACCAAAGUCCGGUCUUGGCGUUUCUUACACUGAUCAUGACUGUGGUGUCCGGUAUUUUGUCAAGGUACAGUGCUAUAACUAUCAACAGGUUAUUGCAGCUGGAAAAUCGGAAUUUCCUGUAGUAUGUCCUGUUGACCUAAUGGAUUUUCCAGAAGCUCGUGAAGCUAAAGAGGUUAUCGAAAAGAUUACUUUCAAUAAAGGUGGCUACAUAAACGUUAGUGUAGCAGUUGACCAAUGCGGUUUCGUACCUACAGAACGUGUUCCACUAACGAUUCGGAUAGAUAACCGCUCUCGACAUUCAAUAAAAUAUGCAAAUUUAGUAAUACAGAAGCAUUUAUGCGGUUUUGCAACGUAUCCUUUUCCAUCAUCUGUUGAGUACUAUACGGAUACGGCAGGUACUGGAUUACCAAUUCGAAAAAUACAGGCUGGUCAAUCAUUUAAAUAUAGCCCAUCAUUUUUUAUCCCGGCAUUGGUCCCAAAUUUCGAACUGGACGGGAUUUUGAAGCUAAGCUACUCAUUGAAGCUCGACAUAGCUCGUACUAGGAAAUGUCGUAGUAAAAAGAAUAUUCUAAGUUCUGUGAAAAUGCCGAUCUACAUUGGUACGAAACCACUUCAGGAUCAACAACCAUUAGUGCCAGAAAACUUCUGGUCUAUUAAAUACGACCUCAGUUCGGAGUUCGGCUUUGAUAACUACGGUGUUGAAAAAGUAAACGGUGAUUCUGAACUUCGAUAUCAUGAAGAUGCUCAAAGUUAUGGCGAUUCGGACAGUGAACAAUCAUGCUCUUCGUAUAGCUCUUUAUAUGAUUCCGAUACGGCAAAGCUGCUGGGGAAAAAUAAGAAAAAAGUCGCAUAA